UUGAAAUUUUAAGAUAAACUAAGAAAAAACAUAAAAAAACGAAUGUAUCCUCUUUUUAUUUCCUAAUCAGACACUAUUAUCAAUGUAAUUAGGAGGGAGUAUACUAUAAAGAAAAGAAGGGGGUUAUAGGUAUUUACGUACAAAGCUGUACAAAUGGUACAAGACAACUAUCCACUCUAUGAUGGUGUGGUGCUCUAGAUUCUGUGUCACUUCAGCAAGUCACUGUCGCCGGGUGCCGCCAUCAGCCUCGCCAGGCUUCUCCCAGCAAGGCCUGGCCAUGCGACCUACCCCAUCCACACAAGCAACCCACUGAGCUGAGCAGCAGCUAGCGCCACCUCCCUAGCUCCGUCACCCCCAACACUCCCAUCGCACGCAACGCGGAGCAGAGCAUCGCCGGCCAGCCAGCCAGCCAGCCAUCAGCCAAUUAGCUCGCUCCCUCACUCGACCGCGAGCCUCGCCGUCGCCGUCGCGGGAUGGUGGAGCUGGAGGCGGCCUUCGCCGUCGUCAGCGUGCUGGCCGUGGUCACCGUGGCCGCCCUGCUCCGCGCGUGCUCCCGCCGCGCCGCGCCGCCCGCGCGCCGGAGGUCUUCGUCGUCGUCGUCGUCGUCGUCGCAGGCCCGCACGGCCGCUGCCGCCGUCUUCGUGGGCGGCGUGGAGGACGUCGAGGCCGGGCUCGACGACGCCGCGCUCCGGACGCUGCCCAAGGUGGUGUACGGCGAGGAAAAGGAGGACGGGGCGGUGGCGGCGACCAAAAAGGCGCCCGCCGCGGCGUGCUGCGCGGUGUGCCUGGGCGAGUACGCCGCCGGGGACGUGCUCCGCGUGCUGCCCCAGUGCGCGCACGCCUUCCACCAGCGCUGCGUCGACCGCUGGCUGCGGCUCCACCCGACCUGCCCCGUCUGCCGCUCGCCGCCGGUGACCAACCCCGUCGCCACCACCGCCAAACCACCCCCUCCGCCGUCGUGAUUCUAUUCUAUUAUAUACUUCUCACCGAAUUCCGGGGCAUCAGAUGUAAAGUAGAAGCAUUGUAUUGUAGCAUACAGUAUGUACGUAGAAAUUAGAAUGGAAUGGAAGAAAGAGAUUUGA